UCCUCCCUUCUCUCUCUCUCUCUCUCUCUCUCUCUCUCUCUAUUGAGAUUGCAUGUCGGUUUUACCUACAAGCUCCACAUGCUUGGAGCUAGCCAUGUCAAUACCAGGUUUUGUUUCAUCACAGUCUCUUCCUUCUUCUGGAGAUCAUACUGGUAACGGUAAUAGUAUGAGGAUGAUGAUGAAAGAUUUGGAUAUAAAUCAAGUGCCCAGAGACUCAGGAGGAGGAGGAGGAGGUGGGGAAGAAGAGUGGACAACAACUGUUGCAAGCAUGGAAGAUGAAGAAGAAGAGACCAACAAUGAUGGAGCCAGUGGACCUCCCAGGAAGAAACUCCGUCUCACAACGGAACAGUCUCGUAUCCUUGAAGAAACCUUCAGAUUUAAUCACUCCUUGAACCCUAAACAAAAGGAGGAUUUGGCAAUGCAGUUAAAGCUGAAGGCACGGCAAGUUGAGGUGUGGUUUCAAAACCGCAGAGCAAGGAGCAAGCUGAAACAGACAGAGAUAGAGUGUGAGUACUUGAAGAGAUGGUUUGGGUCAUUGAGGGAACAAAACCGUAGGCUACAAAAGGAAGUGGAGGAGCUGAGGGCCAUCAAGGUAGGUCGUUGUGAUGAGCCACUACACUCGGCAUCCACCCUCACCAUGUGUCCCAGUUGCGAACAAGUCGCGGCCGCCACCAGCACCACCAUGCAUGACAUUGACAAGGGACCCAUCAGAACCACCGCCUCCGCGACCAACCAAACAAGCCUGUCUUCUAAAGUGCAUACCAUUCAUAAUCAUUCCCGACAUCCUUCCGCAGCUUUCCCCCAUAAAAUACAUUGACCCUCGUGAAAGAAAAAGAACAUAACAAUAUAUUAGCGGUGCGAGUAAAUGUGAUGUGGUUUGUAUUUCUAUAUUUAAAUUUUUUUUGAACGAUUUAAUGAGAAUUGUAUUUGAAACUGGUUUGGCAGUCGUUGGAGGUAGAGUUUUUCGAGUUGUUAUUAAUUUUACAAAUAUUUUUGAAUAAAUACAACAAUGU